AUGUCUGGGACUAUCUCCACGACGCCCGAGAAAUGGGCUGAAGAACGUGUGGAGAAGCCAACCUUCACCGAGAAGGAUGUGGUGUAUGAACACGCUAAAUCGAAGCAUCAUGACCCAGACUGGACGGGCGAAGGGGUGGAUACCUCCAACGUCGAUUCUAAGAAGGUCCUGCGCAAAAUGGAUUUGCGUCUGAUACCUAUGCUGGCAAUCCUAUACCUCCUCUCUUUCCUCGACCGAGGCAACAUCGGCAACGCGAAGAUUCAAGGCAUGGAGACCGACCUGCAUCUUUCCGGCCCGGAGUACAGCCUUUGCGCCACUGUCUUUUUCUUCACAUACUGCGCUUUUGAGAUCCCAUCGAAUCUGCUUUUGAAGCGCCUCAGACCUUCCGUAUGGUUACCGUCUAUCAUGGUCGCAUGGGGCACGGUCAUGACCUUGAUGGGCCUCGUCCAAAGUUACCACGGCCUUCUCAUCGCUCGUAUCUUCCUUGGUGUCGCCGAGGCAGGGCUUUACCCGGGUGUUGCAUACUAUUUGACAAUGUGGUACUGCACGGAAGAACUUGCAUUCCGCCAAAGUCUGUUCUUCAGCGCCGCGAGCGUGGCGGGUGCCUUCUCAGGUUUACUUGCAUAUGCCAUCGCCCAAAUGGACGGAGUCGCUGGUCAGGCAGGCUGGCGAUGGAUCUUCAUCCUUGAGGGCAUCGUGACCGUUGCUGUUGCCUGUGCUGCUUUCUUCCUCUUGCACGACUUCCCAGACACUGCAAGCUUCUUGAGCCCUGAGGAAAAGGCCUGGGUUGUGCACCGACUCAAAUACCAAGGGAGCAAGAAGAGUGGAAGGCUGGUUGCUGAAAGUGAUCACUUUGAAUGGAAAUACGUUGUCAGAGCACUUACCGAUUGGCAACUCUACCUGUCCCUAUUUAUGUACUGGGGAAUCGUUGUUCCACUUUACGGAAUCUCAUUCUUCCUUCCGACCAUUAUCAAGGCACUCGGGUACGAGUCAACGACAGCACAGCUUCUGACCAUUCCGAUCUAUGGCACCGCCGCAAUCCUGGCCGUUCUCGUCGGGUGGGCCUCCGACAGAGCCACGAAACGAGGUGCCUCACGUUGGCCUUACAUUUUCUUCCCCAUGUGUGCCAUUCUGGUCGGCUUCAUCCUGGCUAUAGCUGGCUCUGCCGCGGGAGACGUCCCCGGUGUGGUGUAUGCGGGCGUGUUUAUCGCCACGUGCGGAAUCUACCCUGCUUUCCCUGGCAACGUCACCUGGAUCGCUAACAACCUGGCGGGCAGCUACAAACGAAGCGCCGGCAUGGCCCUUCAGAUCGGUCUCGGCAACUUGGGCGGAGCCAUGGCGAGCAAUUUCUACCGCAGCGUCGACGCGCCUAAGUAUUUGCUCGGCCACGGCUUGGAGAUCAUGUUCGUCGUUUUGGGCCUUGCGGCGGUCAUCGUUUUGAGGAUCUCGUACGGGGCCAUCAACAAGAAGAGAGAGCGCAGUGGAGUGGCCGAGGAGCUUACGGACGAACAGCUUGCUGACCUCGGCGACAAGAGCCCGACGUUCAGGUAUACGCUGUAA